ACAGUAGUAGUUGCGCCGCGCACUUUCGACCAAGAGCCAGGGGUUCGCGUGUAGAGCGCAGUUCACUCUGCCGAACCCGCACGAAGCGACACAGCGACCUUCUGUGUUUAGCGCUAAAAUUUACACGCGUACACGCACUAGAAAACGCACACAAUACAUGCACACACACCUACGUAUAAUAUCGAUGCACGUACGACAUAUAAAAAGGACGCGAGUGUACUCCGAUACUACUCGUUUCGCCUUGUAGCGGGAGUGUGCUACGUUACGAUAUCAAGUGUGCUACGAAAGAGAGAGAGAGAGAAUAAGUGCUGUGCGGGUACAUAUAGAAGACCCGAAAACCCCACUGCAGUCCAAGUGACAUACGUACACACACUCAUAAUAAUAAUAAUAUAAAUAUCUAACACCAGGCACACACAGGUGCGCGAGCGCUGCGGAGCACGUGCGCGACGAAUCGUGAGCGGCCGCAAGUAUACUCUACUGCUACAUAGUAUAUACGUAGUAGCACAGGCCCUGCUCCGCAUGUGUCAAUUACAAUAACAAACAAAACAAGUUAAAUAGCAGUGACGAUGUUGUGCCAGCAGCGAGCCAAAUAAUAAUAAAGGGCUCGCAUCAACACCAUACUAACGUUGUGCCGCUUUAAUAAUACUGUCGAGCGAUCGUCAUCAGAGUGCGCGCACGAUCAUGAGCGCUGACGAGUCGCCGUCGCUUACGAUCCAACUCGCGGCUACUACCACCAAUAGCGAGGCUCUCUGACACGCUCCGCGUCGCGGAUGAGCGUCGAUCGUUUUGCAGUGCGAGAGGCCCGCAGUGUCGAUCAGCUAAUUGCCGCGUCUGCCGCUGCUGCUGAUUGCGAGUUAUAUACCUCUUCUUAAUGUAAGCGUCGUUUGGCCUCAGGUCUCUGUGUUUGUGUUUCAAAGUUCACAACUAUUGCCUGGCCCGGGUGACUUUUAUUUCGCCGUGAAUAGUUACAUUUAGUUUCUGAACCGCCUUCGAGCGAAGCCUCGUGCGGUGGUGCUUUGCUGCUUUUCUCGCUACGGGUUCUUAGAGAUAGAGAGAGAGAGAGACGGAGCAGCGAGAGCCACCCGCGCGCGCCGGUCUUGGUGCACCGAGAGAAGCGUCGACGAGUGCAGUGUCUGUGCGCGGAUAUUAUCCAUAAUAUGCAACCGGACUCGAUAAUGCGCGACGUCGACAACUCCGUGGACAAGCUGCGCGUCGUCAACAACAAUUACAACAACAACGUCGACGUCGUGGUGGUCGAGUCACCGGGCGCGAUGAACAACGGCGCCGGUGGAAGACACGCCGCUGGCCCCGAUCACAACAUCAACAUGUAUCACCAGAUGGGCGACGACGGCCUCACGCAGAUCGGCCAGGUUUUUCACUCGGCUUACCAGUCGAUCGUCGCUGGACAGCCUCAGUAUGGAUCAGACGAAUUUGGACAAGACUCGCCAAGGUACACUUCGCCAAAAGGUGCAACUCUCUAUGGGGAUACCUACUAUAUCGAUGGCAAUGGUGCAGGAUCGGGCCCAGGUGAUCCAUGGAACAACGCCACUGGCGGUGUUCAGCCACCCUACAACAGUUACGCGCCGCCUCAUUUGGCUCAACCGGCUUAUCCGAUGCACAUACCACACGACCCGAUGACAUACCCGACGAUGUCUCCGAACGGUGAGCCCCAGGCCCAGCCGAUCCUGGGCUCGGCGGUGACCUCGGCCGCCUCGCUGCCGCCGAUGUCGUCAUUCCGCGGCAGUGUGGCAGCGGCCAUGCCGGUGCCUGGGCAACAGCAGGCACCAGGGGCGAGCCAAGGAUCCUCCUCGCCUGUCGCACUGCAGUACAGUCAUAGUCCUGGAGCGCCGGUUGCAGUUCCGGUGGCGCCCAGCGCUACUCCCGUGGUUACUGCAGCGCAGCAACAAGCCAGUCAGAAUACCGUCAGUAAUCAGCCUCCGCAGCCGUCUUCGAAUCAAGACAAUCUCAACAAAAAUCUCUCCACCGUUAUCUAUCCAACCGACCAGUCUGUGUCGAGUUAUAGCAGUAAUCCUUCGACGCCCGUGAGCUCGCCUCCGCCUUUGGCCGGACCGGUGUCUGGCUGGGUAUCUGGAGCUGCGCCGGUUUCGCCGCACAUAGCAGCGGAUCCGAACCGAGCAAACUCUCACAUGGGUCCGAGAUUGGAAGAGCCUUAUCACAUGGAUGAUGCGAUCAAUGUAUUGAGGAACAUUGCAGAAUGUCCACCUGGGCUACAUCUUGGAGUUGGCCCAGUUGGACCUCACGGUGCAAUUUAUUCUCAUACAUCUCCACAACCAUUAGAUCACAUGGCGAACCCUCAUUCUGCAGUAACAGUAUCACAAACACAACCUUCAUACCUUACACCAACGUCUGACACCGAUGGCACAAUAAAAAUUGAAAGGUUGCCAGUAAAUAACACAAAAUACGUCAGUGUUGAUAAAAGAAAAGAUGUUCCAGACUCAAAUCCGGCUGUUGAAGUUAAACCGUCGGGACGAGAUCUUACGGCUGCAGCUGCAGGAGCCAUUGGAAAGGCUGCGAAGCGUUCGAGACGAUAUUGUUCGAGCGCCGAUGAAGACUGCGACGAUCCUAGUACUAAGGCGGUACGUGAAAAAGAACGUCGACAAGCCAACAACGUUCGCGAGAGGAUACGCAUACGAGACAUCAACGAGGCUUUAAAGGAGCUUGGCCGAAUGUGUAUGGUUCAUAUGAAAUCUGAGAAGCCUCAAACGAAACUUGGUAUUCUAAAUAUGGCUGUAGAAGUUAUCAUGGAAUUAGAACAACAAGUCAGAGAGAGAAAUCUGAACCCUAAGGCUGCGUGCUUAAAAAGAAGAGAAGAAGAAAAAGCUGAAGAUGGACCAAAAAUUCCAGGACAUCUUGCAUCACACAUAACUCAUCCACACCCACAUCCUCAUGCGCAUACGCAGGCGCCUUUUCCAGCAAUGCCUGGUCCUCAAGUAACUCUUCUUCAUAGUUCGCCCCAGCAACAGUAGCAAAAAUUGUUCUAUAGCGCAAUGAUUUUAUAAGUCAUUGAGAUGCCGCCAAUAGCUAUAAACUUUACUAGCUAUAUUUCGGCAUUGUCUUCUGUAUAUCCGCCCUUCACUUAAACGAUGAAUGUUGAAUUGUAAUUGUUCGACGCUUAACUUCACGAUUGUAAGCGAUUGACUAAGUUGAACAAUUUUUUCUUAUUAUGAAAAAAAAUUUCUUAGUAUGAAAAAAUGUUGAAAAAUUCAAACGUUCAGAUAUAAAGACGUUGUAUAUCUCAUAUAUAAGAAAUAUUUAAGUAUUAAAUACAUUUUUAAUGUUCUUUUGUUUAUUUAAUUGAAAUCUCGAAUUUUGUUCGUUUAUCAGUUUUGUUUAACGUAAAUGUGAAACUUGAAAUCACUCAAUUAAAAUGUUUUAUAUACGAUGUAGAUCUGAGUGAAUUGUGAAAAAUAUUUUAAAAAUUCAAGACUUCCAUCAAACUAGUUUUAACAUAUCAUGCGCAUAUUGUAAAUAUUAUAUAUAUAUAGUGUGAUACACACCAAAUCUGUAAUACACUUAAGAUGAAAAUUGCCACAUAUAAUUAUUUUUGCUCUAUUACCAUUAAUGAUUUUUAUGACAUUUUCCAUCAAUAACUAGUUGUAAAUUAUCAUUUAACAACAUUUGUGUAUAAAGAUUGUGAGAGAAAAGGAAAUCCUGCGUCCCGAAGAAAUAUUAUCUAUUUGAUGCAAAACUUUGAUUUAAAAAACGUACUUGAAAACAAAAAAAAAGGAAUGAAAGUACGUGAAGUAAUUUAUCUAGUAUUGACUUUUCAAUAGUAAACGACUAUUGAUUUUACAUAUCGAUCAGAAAGAUGUAUAUUCAUUGCAUUUCUGAAAGAAAUAUUAAUAUUGGAUAUAUUAUCCGAAUUUUUGUAAUUCAAGAGAAUGAGUUGAUUAAAUUGUGUUGACUUUACACAUUAUUGAAAAAAGCAAGUAUUUAUUCAAUUUUUUAAUCAAUUAUGUACUCAUAAAUAUUGGAAAUUGCUGAAGACAGGCAGCUUAAAAUCAAUAAAAUAUGUUUAUUUGAAAACGAAAAAA